GGAAAGCAAGCGAGUUCUGUCAACUAGCUUGCAGCAAAGUACGACCGACACAACUAUGGUAUUAAUAACAAGUGCAAAAUUUUCAAUGUUGUUUUGCUGGAGACCCCACGAACAGGUGUAGCAUAAAUCUUGAUCUAUUCUGUUUAAAAAGUAAAAGCUUCAUAAUUCACAUAACACAGAGCUUCAGAACUUGAGCAGUAGUCUGGUUGGACAGCCCUGGCGGUGGCGUGGCUUCCCGGUAUCUCUCUCCCCUACCCUUUCACUUUCCCCAUAUAUGUCAUUGCAGAGAACUGGGUUUCUUAUAAAAUAUUAAAAAGCCAAGUCAAAUUUGCAUAUGCAUCUCUGGAUUAGACAGACUAGAAAAAGAGGUUUUAAAUAACAAAAACUGCUGGAACUCAGAUGUGACCAACCAACCGUGGUGAUUUCUGGGGACAAGGAGUGGGCGAAAAAUAACGGCUCUGAUUGAUGGGUUUAGUGGACUGGUCGACCUAGACCCCAACAAAGGAACGGUGAGGAUUGAUUUCUGGGUUUGACCAAAAUGUGGUCCCACUUUGUUAGAAGGCGAGAAGGUUGCUGAUAUAUUGACUAGCUGAGCUUCAUUGUCCCUUUUCAUUCCUUUCUCCUAUUUCUUUCUUUCUCGCUCUCUCUCAGAAUCAUGGAGCAGCCAAUUCACAGGACGUGAAGAGCAUCCAGACAAUCUUGAAUUAGGUUUUGGAUCUUAAUCAGCCUAUAGAUGGAAGAAAGAGGAAAGCUUCCUUCGUUUAAAGUCUACUAAAAAGAUGUACUUUGAUCUAUUCAAGGAGAUUUCGGAUUUUUGAUUGGCGUUGGAUCUUGAUACGUGCAAUUAGAAUCGGGCAUGGAUCACAAAGAAAACACGUGGACGAAGUCUUUUUCCUCUGGAAAUGAAUUACUGAAGAAUAUCUCCACAGGUCAACCAUCUUUUCCCAACUUCGAUUCCCAGCAAUCUCAGGAGAAAUGGGAGGAUCCCUCCAUGUUAGAUUACAGCACCAGGAUUGAACCACCUAUCAAAGAGUUCAAGCAACAUUCUGAAACCCAAUCUUCACUUCCUUGCAACCCCAAUAAUCAAGUUAAGCUUCCAGUCCAAGAAGAUGGUCAGAUGAAUGGAUCACUCCAAUCAAGUAAAAUCCAAGACUGGGACCCAAGAGCAAUGCUAAACAAUCUCUCCUUCCUGGAACAAAAGAUCCAUCAGCUUCAGGAUUUAGUGCACUUGAUUGUUGGUAGAAGAGGCCAAGUAUUUGAGCGGCCAGAUGAACUUGCUGCUCAGCAACAGCAGCUCAUCACUGCUGAUCUUACUUCAAUUAUUGUUCAAUUGAUCUCUACUGCAGGAAGCCUUCUCCCAUCUGUGAAGCAUAAUACCCUUUCCAGUACCACUACUGUCGGACAGCUAGGUGGGGUUUACUUGCCUUCCAUGGUGGACCUGAAUGGUGGCUUUCAGGUGCAGGACAAUGGUGAAAGCAAAGUUUCUGAUCAGUCAAACCCGAUUGAUUUAGCUGGUAAUAUUGGGAAUGAACAAAUUUAUCAUAUUGAAGAACAUGAAUCAAAAGAUGAAGAAGAUGCCGAUGAAGGAGAGAACCUUCCACCUGGUUCCUAUGAGAUCUUACAGUUAGAAAAAGAAGAAAUCCUUGCACCUCACACCCACUUCUGUACGAUAUGUGGGAAGGGAUUCAAGCGGGAUGCAAAUCUACGAAUGCACAUGAGAGGUCACGGGGAUGAGUACAAAACCCCAGCAGCCCUUGCAAAACCUAACAAGGAGUCUAGCUCUGAACCAAUUCUUCUCAAGAGGUAUUCCUGCCCAUAUGCCGGCUGCAAGCGGAACAAGGAUCACAAAAAGUUUCAACCUCUCAAGACUAUUUUAUGUGUCAAAAACCAUUAUAAACGAACACAUUGUGACAAAAGCUAUACUUGCAGCAGAUGCAAUGCCAAGAAAUUUUCAGUUAUUGCAGAUCUCAAGACUCAUGAAAAGCAUUGCGGUAAGGAUAAGUGGCUUUGCUCCUGUGGUACAACAUUUUCAAGAAAAGAUAAGCUUUUUGGACACAUUGCUCUUUUCCAAGGCCACACUCCUGCCAUUUCCAUUGAUGAAAUUAAAGGCCAAUCUGGACCCCCUGAUCGAGGGGAAGGCAAUGAAUCAAUAAAUAAGGUCAGAAGUAUAAAUUUCAAUUUCAGUUCGGGUGCUCCUAGUGGGAGUGAAGUACAAAACGCUGUGGAUGUGAAGGCAGGUAUUGAGGAUCCGGCCAGUUAUUUCUCGCCAUUGAACUUUGACACAUGUAAUUUUGGUGGGUUUCAUGAGUUCCCUCGACCCCCAUUUGAAGAUUCAGAGAGUUCAUUCUCCUUUUUUACACCCGGGUCUUCUUCUAAUUACACUGUACCUGGGUCUUGUAAUUACACUAAAAAAACUGGGGGGGAGUCAAGUUCUAAUAAUCUUGAGUGAUGAUGAUGAAGAAGUUUUAACCUGUAAUAUUUGUAAGGUGAAGUGUGACCCCAUGAACCGUUUAAUUUCUUUAGAUUAAUAUAUCCAUUUUCUUUAA